GCCAUCCACCGGGCUAAGUAUUCUACAGAGGUUCCCUUCCAGGCAAUCUUCCGUAUAAGUAACGCGACCCUAACGACCACAUCUCACCACCCAACACUCUUUUUACCAUCAUCUCAUUCUUACACUCGUUCAUCCAGACGUUGAAUCAAGAUAAUUAAGACUCUCCACCAAGAACACUCUCACUACUUACCUAUCAUCCACAAUGUCUUUGACCACCACCGCCACCACCACAGCGGCAAGCGCCACCUCAACCUGCCACCAGAAGCUGUACGAUAUCCCCGUCAAAGACGCCGCCUGCGCCAUGCCCAUGACCGGCAACAACUCGGCCAUUAUGACCAGCUGCUGCGGCUCCGCCGACGUCGUCUCCUACGACAGCUGCGACUACUACUGUCUCGCGGACGGCCAGACCAUUGGCACCCUGGCCGAGUGUCUCAUCAAAGCCUCCGAAGCCGGCGAGGUCUGGUGCAACACCAACGCCAACGCUACUGCCACAGGCAGUGUCCCCACGACCGGGGCCGGAACGAUCGUGGCGACGGCCACGUCGACGUCGACUUCGACCAAGAAGGGGAAGAGUUCGGGGACUGGGACCGGGUCCAGUGCGUCGGCGAGCUCGACCAGCGGGGCGGGGAUUGUUGCGAGGGUCAGUAAGAAGGCUGUUGGGGUGGUUGCGUUGUUGGUUGCUGGUGUCAUCGGUGGAGGGUUGCUGUAGGAGGAACUGGGGAGAAUCAGCGUGGAAAGGGGGUUUGGGCUGAGGUCGGUCAUACUGUAAGAAUAUGAAGGACUUCCUAUCGAAAUGGAGGGAAUGAGUUCGGCCUCGGUGUUGAUGUACUGUACAGUACACUGUUAUGGUCGGGGGAUGUGACGUCGGCUGAAGUAGGUAAAUGAUUUGAGUACAAGUGGACUUUGUGGCUAUAUUCGACGUUUCUGGUUCUUCAAGUAGAGUACAGUUUCUGUUCAUGCGAUA